AUGAACAGUACACCUCCUACGUCACCCGUCACCAGGGUUUCUGAUGGUUCCUUUCCAUCCAUAAGUAACAAUAGUAAGGGUUUUGCUUAUCGCCAACCGCAAAAACAUAAAAGUAACUUCGCAUAUUCACAUCUGGUAUCUCCUGUAGAGGAGCCGACAGCUAAAUUCAGUGAGGCAUUCCAGACAGAUUAUUCUAGUAAGGCGCCCGUUGCUACCUCGGAGGCGCACCUAAAGAACGAUUUAGACGUAUUGUUCACUACCCCCCGGUUUUACUCUCCGGAGAAUUUGGCUUUAAUGUUCCGUCUUUCUAAUACAGUUUCUUCCCUAGAAUUUCUGGAUGAGUUUUUGAUGGGCAUAUUACUUGCUCCAGAGAUGGAUUUUUUGUCAAAUCCAAGUUAUUCUCUUCCGUCUAACAAAUUAGUGGGACAGGGAAGUUAUUCAUAUGUGUACCCUAUAUCAUCAAGUGCUUCAUCAAGAUGUAACAACGAUUCAGGGGUUGUUUUAAAGUUUGCCAAAUCACAGCAUAAAAGCAAGGUGAUUUUACAGGAAGCUUUGACGCUAGCAUAUCUCCAGUACAUGAGUCCUUCAACCAAUGAAAGUCAUAUUAUUCCAUUCUAUGGGUUGACAUACAUAACUAAAUCCCAUUUUAGAAGACUGAGGUCCAACGAAUGUGUUCCUGGCCUUAUUCUUCCGAAAUGCGAAAUGAGUUUAUAUCACUUCAAUACAGCAGUGUCACAUAAGCUUUCGUUGAUAACAAAAAGAAAAAUAUGGUGGAGACUUAUGAAGCAAAUGAUAGACGCAUUAAAAUCUUUGAAAACAAAUGGUAUAAUUCAUGGUGAUAUAAAAACAGCAAAUAUUUUAAUAACAGAAAUGCAUGUUCUUAAUGGAGGCCAUUGUAAGGAUUUUGACUUCUACCUUGCUGACUUUACGUCGGCAUUUCACAUUAAUCAAACACCAACAGAUCUGAAUACCACGGUAGAAUACUGUGCACCAGAACUAAUUGAUAGCUCCUCCGAUCAUGUUCCUACAUUUGAAUCGGAUUUGUAUGCCGUGGGGCUUUGUCUUUUAUCAUUUAUAUCGCAGCAUGAGCCUUACAACGAACUUCAGGCGUUAGUGUCGCAUGGAUCCUCUCCAGGUAUUGGCAGUUCAUCUAUACAGCAGUCCCAAUGGCUGAUAAAUGCUCUUUUGAAAAAAGAUCCUAUAAAUCUAAACAUGUUAAGAAACGAUUUAUUCCAGGAUUGGAAGUCAGAACUAGCAUUAUUGUCCAGAAUUCUGGUUGAUAGACUUCCUCUAGAAAAUCUCAUAACUAUACUCGAUAGUAACUAUAUAUGA